AUGAAGAUAAAGCCAGUUUGCCACAUCAGUUCUAGAAGAGAAGAAAAAAUGGGAGUCGUCACCUUGCAGUCUCCGCCCGCCUCUUCUGCAACUCUUACCUCCAAAUCGCGACUUGUCCAGAUACCUAAGUUGCCCGCCGCAGCAUCAUCUCCAGCUUCGCUCUUCCAGCUCCGCCGCUCCUUCCCACGGAUUCGCGCCUCCGCCGCCGGCUCAUCUCCUCCACUUCACACCGGUUCGCCCAGUACUAGUGAACUGGAUGCAGUUUCUGGAUUCAGUGAGAUUGUUCCUGAUACUGUCAUCUUCGAUGAUUUCGAGAAGUUUCCUCCAACUGCGGCAACUGUUAGCUCAUCGCUUCUCCUAGGUAUUUGCAGCCUUCCUGAUACCAUUUUCAGGAAUGCUGUGGAUAUGGCUUUGGCAGAUUCCGGGUGUUCAGCUUUGGAAAACCAGGAACUUAGAUUAUCCUGUUUUGCGAACAAGGCUUUAGUGAAUGUUGGAGGGGAUCUAGCCAAAAUGGUACCUGGCAGGGUUUCAACUGAAGUGGAUGCCCGGUUGGCUUACGACACCCAUGCUAUAAUCAGGAAGGUGCAUGACUUGUUGAAGCUGUACAAUGAAAUUAAUGUAACUGAAGACCGCUUGCUAUUCAAAAUUCCAGCAACCUGGCAAGGCAUUGAGGCAGCUAGGCUGUUGGAAUCAGAGGGCAUUCAAACGCAUCUGACAUUUGUAUACAGUUUUGCUCAAGCUGCUGCUGCUGCCCAAGCUGGUGCAUCUGUCAUCCAGAUUUUUGUUGGACGGCUGAGGGAUUGGGCUCGAAACCAUUCUGGCGAUCCUGAGAUAGAAGCUGCCCUGAAAAGAGGAGAGGAUCCUGGCUUGGCUUUGGUGACCAAGACGUAUAACUACAUCCACAAGUAUGGACAUAAGUCGAAGUUGAUGGCAGCAGCAGUUCGUAACAAACAGGAUCUAUUCAGCCUCCUGGGGGUUGACUAUAUAAUUGCACCUUUGAAGGUACUAUCAUCUCUUAAGGAGUCUGUCAGCACUCCUGAUGGCAAGUAUGGUUUUGUUCAGAGGCUAUCCCCACAAUCUGCAGCCAACUAUAGUUUCAAGGAAGAAGAGCUUGUGAAGUGGGACCAACUUAGCCUGGCAUCAGCCAUGGGACCUGCAGCUGUGGAGCUUCUGGCUACUGGACUUGAUGGGUAUGCCAUUCAAGCAAACCGAGUGGAGGAGCUGUUUGCUAAGAUUUGGCCACCACCAAAUGUCUAA